AACUACCGCGCAGGACCUGGAAGUAAAUUGCCCGGUGGCGGAAGUAGAAGCUUUCUGAGACCGGAAGCGAGCACACGGCAAAUAUGGCGUUGGCGGCGCUGACGCUGAGGACGCAGGCAGCUGUUGCAGCCCUGCUGAGCCCCCCUCAGGCUGCAGCUCUUGCCGUCAGAUUUGCAUCCAAGAAGACGGGUGGCAGCUCCAAAAACCUUGGUGGGAAGUCACCAGGCAAACGCUUUGGCCUCAGGAAAAUGGAGGGACCAUGUCUCCAUGCUCCUAAGCCUAGUGAUAAUAGUAAAACACUUGCAUUUAUUGUGUGCUUACCAAAUGCCAAGCAUUGUGCUGAUUCCUGGGCCUACAUUAUCUCAUUUCAUCCUUACCGCAUCCCUGUGAGGAAGGUGGGGCUAGGGAAGAAGAAGUAUCUGUAUGCUCUGGAAGAGGGGGUCGUCCGCUACACGAAAGAAGUCUACGUGCCCCACCCGAGCAACUCAGAAGCUGUGGAUCUGGUCACCAAGCUUCCCAAGGGUGCUGUGCUCUAUAAGACUUUUGUCCACGUGGUUCCUGCCAAGCCUGAAGGCACCUUCAAACUGGUAGCUAUGCUUUAAGCUCCUGGUUGAGGCCAUGGGACAGAGAGUAGAGCCCAGGUAACAGGAGUGGGUGAUACCAGAAAUCAAGGGUUGGGUUGACGACAAGGCCUCCUGAGAAAGAAGUCUACUUAAUGGUGACUGCAGGAGAUUCUGUGAAGUGACUGGCUGGGAAACCCUUGGAGACACCUGACCUGGGGCCAGAAAUAAAGUUAGCUAGAGUCAUGA